CGCCCCGCCCCGGGCCCGCCCCUCGGGCUGGGGGAGCCGCUGGGGAGACGUUGCAGGCGUUGCUUUUGCAGCUCCGACGGUUGCAGCCUGCAGCCGGUGCGGAGCAGGGGGUCUCCUGGCAGCCGUCCCGGCCCGCUGAAAGUCACCAUGCCCUCCACCUCUGCCUCGGGCUCGGCCGGCCGCCCCGCGCCCGACUACUGGAUCGACGGGUCUAACAAGGACACCCUGACCCAGUACUUCGAUCUGGAGUCCGAGCUGGGACGUGGGGCUACAUCCAUUGUCUACAGAUGCAGGCAGAAAGGGACCCAGAAACCUUACGCCAUCAAAAAGUUGAAGAAGACACAAAUAAAAGUUUGGACAAGAAAUAUCAGCCAAUCAUCAGCACACACACUUGUGGAAAGAUGUGGAUUCUUAGAAACUUCGAUAGACAAGAAAAUUGUUCGUACGGAAAUUGGAGUCCUUCUUCGCCUUUCACAUCCCAAUAUUAUAAAACUGAAGGAGAUAUUUGAGACCCCCACAGAUAUCAGCCUUGUCCUGGAAUUGGUCACAGGGGGAGAACUAUUUGACAGGAUUGUGGAAAAGGGUUAUUACAGUGAACGAGAUGCUGCUGAUGCUGUUAAACAGAUCCUGGAGGCAGUUGCAUGUCCGUCUCUAGCAACACAGAAGGUGGCCAUAUGUCCCAGAAGUGUUUUCUUCCAUUACUGCAAGUACCUGCAUGCAAAUGGAAUUGUGCAUCGUGAUUUGAAGCCAGAAAAUCUGCUCUAUGCAACACCAGCACCAGAUGCACCACUGAAAAUUGCUGAUUUUGGGCUUUCCAAAAUUGUGGAAGAUCAGGUGACCAUGAAGACAGUUUGUGGAACUCCAGGGUACUGCGCACCAGAGAUACUACGAGGAUGUGCUUAUGGCCCUGAAGUGGACAUGUGGUCUCUAGGGAUCAUCACCUACAUUCUACUUUGUGGCUUUGAACCAUUUUAUGAUGAAAGGGGAGAUCAGUACAUAUAUAAGAGAACCCUGAACUGUGAAUAUGACUUUGUGUCCCCCUGGUGGGAUGACGUGUCUCUGAAUGCCAAGGAUUUAGUUAAAAAGUUAAUUGUUUUAGACCCCAAGAAACGCCUCACCACUCUACAGGCUUUGCAGCAUCCAUGGGUCACAGGAAAAGCAGCAAAUUUUGCACAUAUGGACAACGCACAAAAGAAGCUUCAAGAAUUCAAUGCCCGACGUAAACUUAAGGCUGCAGUAAAAGCUGUUGUGGCAUCAACUCGUCUUGGCAGUGCUGGCAGUCACAGCAUUCAUGACGGCAACAAGCCCAGCUGUAGUGCAUCUCCGGUCCGUGAUGGUAAGUCUGAAGAGAAAUCCACUCAGGAAGCAGAAGCAGCUCCAGAAGAAAUGUCUUAAGUCAAUGCACUCCCUUAUUACAGCUGAAAUCUGUCAUUUCAUAAACCAGCUAACUUGUCAUUCAGCAGGACAGAUUUGUAAGCUUGGCCUCUCUGGUUCUGCUUUGGGGUGCCAAAUAGACUGCUGGUGAUUCUACCUUCAAUGCAUGUGACUACUUAUGAAAAUAAUAGACUGUUCCAUAAGGCAUGUCAAGGAAACCGUGUUAUUUGCAGUAAUGCUGGCAGGCAAAAAUAUGGGGAUUAAUAACUACCUACCAUAAUACAUAUAUUUCAUAUACAUCUAUACAGUGUUUCUAGAUGUUGUUUGAAACAAAUGCUAUUUAAUUCAGUUCACGAAAGUGUCUUCUGUAUGUCAUGACUUUGAACUCCUUCCUUCCAGAUUCAUAAUCCUGUAGUAGACAAAACGGAAGGAAAUACCAAACCAGUGCUUUUCAAAAUGUUGUAUGAAAUAAUGAUUUUUACAUGUAAAAUUUAAAAACUAUUUGGGGAUUUAUACACAAGAAACAUUCCACUAUUUCUGGGAAGAAACUGAAAUAUUAGUUCUACUGGGCAUGGAAGUGUACAUUCCUCAAGCUUCUGUUGAGAAUGCCUUACUCUGAAUUUUCUUGUUUAUAUACACCAUUCUAAUGACAACCAAAAUUACUCAGAUUCCUGCUAUUUCAUUCUCUAGUAAAGUGUUAGCCAAACAAAAUGACAGAGAAAUAGGGGAUUAAAGAAGAUGCAAAUUUUUUGAAUACUGUUGCAUUUGUUUGUGACUUUCUAAACUGUGCAGCUAGAAAACAUUUUUAUAGGGCCUUUGGGAAUAAUCUGCAAUUAUAUAAGUUUUAAAUGCAUGAAGGAAGCUAUUCCACAAUGUAGUGAUUUUACUCUGGGGAAACACUCUGGGAGAUAGUGUAAUCUAUCUGCUUCCUCAAUAAUUUGACAUCACAAGUAACCAGUUUCCACUUGUCAGCGCAGUUAGUCCAGAUUUUCCUGAGAAAGGACCUCUCAUGCAAAAUGAUCCACAAGCACAGAUUGUUCAUCCACUUAGAGCUCUUGUGUCUAAAGCUACAAGCUGUGUGCAUGGAGCAGCUUGCAAAAUUAGCAUCAGUGUCUUCAGCUGUCUUGAUCUUUUUUUUUGAAUGUGAUCAGUAGGAAUUGAGAAACUACCAAGCAUCAGUGUUUAUGACUGUUUACAUGUUUGAUAUCACUUUGAUAGCAUGGGGAUUUCAUGUUAUUGCUAUAUUACAGAAGUGGCAAAAAGAACCUGAUGUACAAUGCUGUCAUUUGUGUUUAUUAAACUUUCUGAUACUGAUAGUGACCUACAUCCCUUAUUCACUCAAGAUUCCUCUUUUGCUCUGUUUUUAUUUUAAUGUAGGCCUUGCACAACUUGCCUUCAAAAGAUAUACUAGCUGCUAAAAGUCACUGAUAAAACAUUCAGUAGCUACAUUUCCUGAAGAAGUUAAAAUAAAAGGUAAUCGAACAUUACUCAUGGCAGGUGUGCUACAUAAAAUGUAAUCUAGAUUACUAUAAGAAGGAAUACUCUAUUUGCUCAGUGAAAAGCAUGCUAAUGAACAUAUUGUUCUGGAUCUGUUUUACCCAUUUCUUAAACCCUCUGAAUUUGUGCAAAAGAUCUGCUAACUGUGGUUGAAAUUUGACAUACGUGUAUCCGUCCUCUUCUGGGUGAUACCCUUUGAGGUGAUAUGGUACUGUCAGCUGGGGGAGCGGGUGGCAGCGUAGAGCAUGAGGGGCUCAGAGUGUGGUGAAGUGAGAAGAGAACCAUGCAGGUCCUGUUCCUCAGCACCAGAGCCUGCUUCAUCAACUGUGUCUUCUUGCUGUGAAGAAGAUGUGAGUUUAGUCACCCCAGAGAAACACUGGGCUCAGGAAUCCUGAAAAAUGUCAUGUAUGUUAUGUAUGACCAAAGAUCUUAAUAUCAUGCACUUAAUAACAGCUGAUAUAACAGUACUCUUAUUUUUGCAGCAUUGCCACUUAGAGCCUUGGCAGAAGAUGCAGCAAAGUCUGUUCAUAGUAUUUGGUCCCUGUUGUUGUCUGGACCUAAGAACAAUUAUCUGCUUUAUAAUACAACACUGCAGAAUCAAUCACUGCACCUAUGUAUCUACAUGUGGGGAAAGUCAAAUAGACAAAUGACUGUAGUCCUUGUCCCUGUGCUAGGCAGGUCUGAGAUGUUGUUCCUGAAUGAAAUUAGUCUUCUAUUAGACUUCAGGCAGUUAUUCCGGUAAUGCAAAAGGCAAGGCAAGCCCUUAGGUGUGGUUUAUAGCUUCCAAUGGCAUGUAAUCUCCUCCAGAGACUAUAUUCACCAGUAGUCACUGAGCCAUAUUCAUUUGUCCACAGAACCAUGCAUAGGGUUCUGCUUCAUCCCACUAGCCCUAAGUAUUAUCUCCCAUACCCUUUAGAGCUACUACUGCUGAUAAUAAAGCUUCUGUGUUGUGCACGAAGCCAGCCACAUCUCUCUGACAUUUCAGCCCCUAGGAAUGCUGUUUUCAACCCCUUUCAUACCGAUAGUGCUGAGCACAUCAGCUGUGACAAGGCCAUGCAGUUAUAAUUCUGCACAGGGAAUUCUCUUCCUCCUAGGCAGGACAGAGGAGCUCUAGAUUUUGCAAAUGUCCAGUGACCAACUUCACAGUUCAAGCCAUAAUUAGCUAGCAAAACUGGGUAUAUGAAGAGUGAAGUGCAAAAGUCCAUGGCUGUUGAAAUGCUGUCUAUCUGAGACAUUGCUGUUAAGGUCCGUCUUCCACUUCUGCUUGAUGUUAACUGAAGUGACUUAGCCCAUUUAAAUCAAUUGGCCUCGUCACAGCAGUAAAGGCAAUCAUGGGAUAAUGUCUUUGCAGAAUUAUUUACAGACAUAAAGCCACAAAACCGUCCAAAUAUUAGCUCAAAGAAAUUGUAUUACACUGUGAGAAAUUGUAAGUCCCAUACCUGCAGGAACCAGAGUAUCCAGGAAAAACAAAAACCAAAACUCAUGGCAUAAAUUUGUUACUUGCAAAUGCUAACUUUAACCAAGUACAACAACCACAAUUCCCUAAGCAUUGUCAAACAAUAAACUCCUGCAACAGGAACACCAGAGGAUUUUGCUACAGUGCACAUCAAAUAGAGCUCCUCAUCAGCCUUCUCUGAACAACAAGAAUGGGGAAAAGUGUCUCUAAGUCCUUUUUCCAGAGUCUCAGGUUCUCUUGUUCCUAUUCCUUUUUCAUCUCUCAUGAUCAGCCAUACUUAUGAAAGUUGAGCAAAUAAAUCCUCUAGGUGGAAAAUUCUCACCACUGACCCCACUGUUCAUUUAUUAGAAAUGAAAGCUGUUCUGUUCAUACUAUUAACGCAUCUCCUGGUCCUUUCCUUGGCUUGCUAUAGGAUGUGUCUUCCUCAGAGCUGUGUUGUUACUCCAAAAGCCUGCAGUUUUAAUGUGAGCAACUUUGUUGAGAAACAUUCAUGAAACUGAGUAGAAUAGACAGUUUGCAUAUGCAUUUUUAGAAAAUAAGUAUCUCUGGAGUGCUGUCCUCCCAGGAACUGGCCCUGGGAACAACAGGUCCUGGGGAAUGGCAGUGUCCAGGGAACCCAGUGGGUACUGCAGUGGGUCCCAAUUGGGCACUGCCACCAUACUGCCCACACUGCAGAGGUAGGCACCUCGAUCGCCCAGAUCUUCACCAGCCUGGCUGCAAGAGAAUGGUGACUGCAAACCAUGAGAGUUUUUACUGAGAGCAAUUCCAAGCAAGAGCUUGCUGCUGUGAGAAAACCCCAGCUGUGGCUUGAUGCCUUUACGCACAACAGGAACCAUUUCCUUAUUCACACCACACACUCCUCAUGAGAAGUCAUACUGGUGCUCCUGAUUAAAGAGCAGAAAUUUCAUUUAAUGUUCCAAAGGGGACUUCAGGGGACUUUCUUCUUUCUCUCAUUUUUUUUUCUUUUGGCAGAAGAAACAGUGUUAAGAGACCUAUGCCAGCGAGAAAUUGAACUUUGAAGUGAUUAGGAGAAAGAUGGGAAUGGGGAGGGCAUAAACCCAGAUCCUUAAGACUAAGAUAAAUAGUACAGUCUAAGAGAAUAGCAAGGGUGGCUGAGUCAGCCUGGGGAUAGGAGCAGAUGGAAGAGACUUCUUCACUGGGAGGAAGAAAAGUAUUAGUCCAUCCCAGAACAGAGCUGUUCUGGGAUGUCCUUGCAAGCCUGGGAGGCACUGAACAGUGUGACUGUCUGCUACAGACCCCUGUGGAGGAGCUCUUAGCCACAUCACUCAUCAGCUGAAGCUGUUCUUUUCCUAAGGGGAUGCAGUAUGUGGAGGGCUAGUGCCUGACUUGGCCUUGGUUGGCUCCUGGUGGCUCCUGGCUCUGAGGCUAAGUGUGGGAAGCUUUGUGCUCCUUCUAAUUCAAGGUGUACAGGCAGGGGACAUGCUGCUGUUUCUAAGACAGAUUAACAAUGCUAUUGACUUGUCCCACUGAUUACUUUAUAAGCCUGUUGCAGAAGUUCAUUGGUUUCAGAGCAAUGGUGGCUAGGUUCCUAACAAUAAUAUUGGAAAGUGUCAUCUAGGUAUUGACUUUCUCAAAUUAGCUUCUUAUCCUGUGUACCUGACUCCUGCUUUUACUACUUCAAGAACACCUGUACUGUCAACACUGUUUGCUAAACAGAAAUUCAUGGAUUGCUUGUUUAAUGGUGCAUACUUACUUCACACUAAGCCUGUUUGUGUAGUAACUUUCUGACACUCUGUAAAUGAUCCAGAGAGAACCUGGACAAUUUUGUUGUAUAAGCGUGUUGUAUUUGGGACCAAUAUACCUGCUUGUGUGCUUGUAUGGAAAUGCUGAUAUGACACAAGAAUGUGCUUAUAUGAUGGGAAGUCUCUUCUUAAUAAAUGGCUUGCAUGACUGAUCUGAUGCUAAAUAAACUAGUUUAUCUA